AACGCCCGCCGUGGAGCAGCCAAUGAGAGGCGUGUAAACCGGCGUGUCAUUGGGUCACUAGGCUGUCAGGGUAUAUAAGGGGAGCAGGAAACACAGCCACACACAUUCUUCUUGCCACCGCCGACAUGAGGUCAGCGCCUUACCUGCUGGUGGCUUUGCUGGCCACCUGCUGCUCCGCCUCAGGUGGUGGAAGCUACGGGGGAGGGGGCUGCUUUGGUGGUAGCUGUGGAGGAGGCGGUGGAGGCUACGGCGGAGGAGGAGGCGGUGGAGGAGGAGGGGGUGGAGGCUACGGUGGAUCAGGCCGAGGCAUCAUCACCAUCUCUCAAUCACGCGGAGGGUACGGAGGUGGAUCAGGUGGAGGCUUCGGCGGUGGAAGAGGCAGAGGUGGUAGCCGUGUAGUAGUCUCAAGUGGACGAGGUGGAGGCUACGGUGGAUCGGUCGGCAUCGGCGGCGGAGGUGGUGGAUACGGAGGCGGAUCAGUCAUCACAAGUGGAGGAGGUGGAGGAUACGGUGGAUCAGUCGGCAUCGGCAGUGGAGGAAGUGGAGGCUACGGAGGUGGAAGCAAUGUAGUAGUUGUCUCAGGUGGAUCCGGUGGAAGAGGUGGAGGAUACGGUGGAUCAAGUGGUGGAUCAAUCAGCAUCGGGGGUGGAGGAGGUGGAGGAUACGGAGGUGGAUCGGUCAUCACCAGUGGAGGUGGUGGAGGAUACGGUGGAUCAGUCGGCAUUGGAGGCGGAGGUGGUGGAGGCUACGGUGGAUCAAGUGGAGGAUCAGUCAUCAUUUCCAGUGGAGGAGGAGGAGGAGGUGGAUACGGAGGUUCAUCAGUCGGCAUCGGCGGUGGAGGAGGUGGAGGCUACGGUGGUGGAGGAAGUGGAGGAUAUGGAGGCUCAUCAAGUGGAGGAUACGGUGGUUCAGGUGGAUCUAUUAGCAUCGGAGGUGGAGGAGGUGGAGGAUACGGUGGUGGAUCAGUCAUCACCAGUGGAGGAGGUGGAGGAUAUGGUGGAUCAAGUGGAUCUAUCAGUAUCGGAGGUGGAGGAAGUGGAGGAUACGGCGGAUCAGGUGGUGGAUCAAUCAUCGGAGGUGGAGGAAGUGGAGGAUACGGCGGAUCAGGUGGUGGAUCAAUCAUUGGAGGUGGAGGAGGUGGAGGAUACGGCGGAUCAGGUGGUGGAUCAAUCAUUGGAGGUGGAGGAGGUGGAGGCUACGGUGGUGGAUCAGUCAUCACUAGUGGAGGAGGUGGAGGCUACGGAGGUGGAUCAGUUGGCAUCGGCGGUGGAGGAGGUGGAGGCUUCGGUGGUGGAUCAGUCAUCACUUCUGGAGGCGGUGGAGGAUAUGGCGGUUCAGGUGGUGGAUCAGUCAUCAUUGGAGGUGGAGGAGGUGGAGGCUACGGAGGUGGAUCAAGUGGAGGUGGAAUCGUCACCAGCAGUUACUCAGUUCCCGUCGUCACUUCUGGAAGAGGGAGGUACUAAAAAGUGGAGCUACCACAUAUGGAAGUGGAAGAAAGUUCACUUCACCACUCCACCAGUCCACUUUGCUAAUCUCACUCCACUGAUAUAACAAAAGGCUGAUACUCCACCACAGCAGUUCUCUCAUCCACUUCACCUUCCACUUAUCCACAAUCCACAUAAAAGAAAUGCAG